AUGGCGGAAGAAGAGAAGAAGAGGUUUCUUGAAGGCAAUGAGAUGGAGCUGGGCGAGAAACAGGGAAAAAGUUUCAACAGUCCUCCGGCGUCGUCAGCCCCCAGAUUUACACCACCUUCUCACAAUUGGCAAAACAAUCCCAUCCUCCCUGUUAUCAGUUAUUGUGCUUCGUCCAUUCUGAUGACCGUUGCCAAUAAAUUCAUUCUCUCCUUUCCUGACUACAAUCUCAAUUUUUUCCUUCUGGCUGUUCAGUCAUUUGUCUGUGUUCUGGCUAUCCAGUCCUGCAAAACCGCCGGUGUCAUUUCAUAUCGAGACUUCAAGACUGACGAGGCUAAAAAAUGGUUUCCCAUCUCUCUCCUCCUGAUUGGCAUGAUCUACACCGGUACCAAAGCCCUGCGAUAUCUCUCGAUACCAGUGUAUACUAUUUUCAAGAAUUUGACCACCAUUUUGAUUGCGUAUGGUGAGGUUCUAUGGUUCGGAGGCUCUGUUUCAUCUAUGGCGCUUUUCUCCUUCGGGUUGAUGGUUCUGAGUUCCGUGAUUGCAGCUUGGGCGGAUAUUAAACACGCUCUCGACUCGUACGGAUCUACAUCAUCUGCGGCUUCGCAACAGCUGGCCACAUUGAACGCAGGAUAUAUCUGGAUGCUGAUCAAUUGUCUGUCCACUGCGGCCUACCUCUUGGGCAUGCGUAAACGCAUCAAGCUCACCAACUUCAAGGAUUUCGACACUAUGUUCUACAACAAUCUCCUUACCAUCCCUAUCCUGAUGGCUGCCUCUCUUGUUGUGGAAGAUUGGUCCGCCUCUAAUCUCGCCAAAAACUUCCCCGCCCACGCCAGGAAUGCGAUUAUUGGUGCAAUGAUCUUCACCGGCAUGUCCUCGAUUUUCAUCUCAUAUACCUCAGCCUGGUGCGUGCGAGCCACUUCUUCAACCACCUACUCUAUGGUUGGCGCCCUGAACAAACUCCCCAUUGCCGUCUCUGGCCUCAUCUUCUUCGACGCACCAGUCACCAUCCCCAGUGUCUCGGCCAUUAUUGUAGGCUUCAUUAGCGGCAUUGUCUACGCACUCGCCAAGAUCAGAGAAUCCUCCAAGCCAAAGACCGGCAUUCUUCCCACUACGAACACCAUGAGCGCUAGCAGCCAGAGCAACCGAGACAGUCUAAAAGCAUGA